UGUUCCUGAGUUGAUAAACGGAUAGUGAGAUACUGUUCCUGGGUUUAUAAACGGGCAGACCCCGUCUUGUAGUACACCAUUAGCUGUUGACAACUGUAGUGCGUGCUUGCUGUUCAUCGAUCUUCUGGUUCCAAAGCGUAGUAAAGUCUGACUUGAACAUAAUUGUGUUCUAAUGAAGAAGGCAGUUUUGUUUAGUUUAUGGGGUGGUGUUGUGACCCCUCACCUUUCCAAGACUUUUCAGAAAUUUGAGGAAACGCUUGAUAUUUCAAGGGGUUUAUUCAAAAAUGUAAUUGCAACACUUGGUAGUACGAAUGCUCUGUAUCGUGCAGAAAAAGGGAAGAUUACUCUAACGCAGAUGAUUCCAGAGUUUGAAGCUGAAUGUCAGAAGGUGGCAGCAGAUCAGGGUUUGUCUUUACCUGCCCAGUUCUCAGCUGAGAAACUUUUCGAUGAAAUUAGGAAGGUGGAAUUCAACAAGCCAUUUCUUGAUGCUGCAGCUGUGCUUCGUUGCCAUGGCAUUGCCACCUGCGUCUUGGCCAAUGUCUGGGUGGAUGACACUGCUCAAAGAGCCCAUAUCGCUAGGAUUGUCUCCGUUCUGGAGAACCAUUUUGACCUGGUUGUUCUAUCUUGCCAUGCUGGUGUCAGAAUCCCUGAACCUGAAAUCUUCAACAAUGCUCUCGAGAAACUAGCUGUUAAACCUCAAGAAGUGAUCUGGCUGGACGUUGCAGAAGAAAGUGUCAAGGCAGCUGAAGGUUUGGGAAUGACGGCUAUUCAGAUCGACGACAUCACUGAGGCUCUUAAGGAAAUCAAGAAGCUUACAGGAAUAGAGGUCACAAAUGAUGUGCAGCCAAUGGUUUGUGAUCCUGAAAAGGUCUCCCAUGGAUAUGUAAAUAUUAAGCCUGGGGUGAAGAUCCACUAUGUGGAAAUGGGAGAUGGGCCAUGUGUUCUCCUUUGCCAUGGGUUCCCUGAAAGCUGGUUCUCCUGGAGGUAUCAGAUUCCAGCUCUGGCUGACGCUGGUUUCAGGGUUCUGGCUCUUGACAUGAAAGGUUACGGUGACUCCACUGCACCACCAGACAUUGAGGAAUACUCUCAAGAACAGAUUAUGCUGGAUCUGUUGGUGUUUCUGGAUAAGAUGGGCAUCCCACAGGUCACUCUGGUGGGUCAUGACUGGGGUGGUUCUCUUGUGUGGAACAUGGCUCAGUACCAUCCUGAAAGAGUGAGGGCUGUGGCAUCUCUCAACACACCCCUUUUUCCUGUGGAUCCAAAAACCAACCCAAUGGAGAAACUCAAGGCUAUUCCAAUCUUUGACUAUCAGAUCUAUUUCCAGAAGCCUGGUGUUGCAGAGGCGGAAAUGGAGAAAAACCUUGAGCGAACCUUUAAACUGAUGAUCUUUGCAAGUCACGAGACUGAUGCACAUCCUAAGUUUAGUACUGCUGGGGUCUGCCAGAGAGGUGGAUUGUUUGUGGGCUCACCCGAUGAUCCGCCCAGCAGUGCUAUUCUGAGCGAGUCUGCUCUGCAGUACUAUGUUCAACAGUACACCAAGAGUGGCUUCAGGGGGCCUCUGAACUGGUACCGUAAUGGGGAGAGGAACUGGCGUUGGAUGUGUUCCAGGCCAAGGGGCAAGAUUAUGAUGCCAGCUUUAAUGGUGACUGCAGGAAAGGACCCUGUACUUCUGCCCGUCUUUGCUACUGGCAUGGAGAAUCUGGUUCCCAACCUCACGAGAGGCCACAUUGAGGAGUGUGGACACUGGACUCAGAUGGAGAGGCCUGCAGAGCUGAAUAAAAUCCUCAUCUCCUGGCUGAAGGAAACACAUCUGAAAGCCUCAAUCCCAUUUCAUCCGAAGUUAUGAGCCAACUUCUUCUUGAUUUAACUAUAUGAGUUUUGAGCCAGCACAGCUAACAGCGUUCUAAUGUCAUGACUUGCUAAUGACCUAAUAAUGGACCAUUGUCAUUUCGAGUUGCUUUAGUGAAUUUGAAUGGUCCUUUUACUCUGCAAUAACAAAGAGCAUAGCUCUCAAUUAUGCCAGUUUUUGUAAUGUAAUAACAGCUUCUUCUUUUUUUUUUUAAGAAAACCAAUAAAGUUUGAUCCUCUGCAUUGUAAUAAACUAAAUAAUACAGAUUUAUAAAAGAGUGUUUAUAACACCAAUGAUGACAACUCUUACUCGAACAAUAUUGAUUCAUUUCCAUCUUUAGUUAGUAUAAUGUUUUCAGGGUCAUCAUGAAGAAACCUGAAGUCUCAUCGCUUCAACUCUUAUCUAGAAUGGUUAAAGGGAUCUCGCUGUAAUUUCCUGAGGCAUAGCUUUGAUUACAGUCACUGAGUGUAGUCCUUAAGGACAGAGCUGAUCUCUUUGUUAAAGCAGUAUGAAUUCCUUGACCUGAGAUUGCUGUUUUAUAAUGGAGUGUGGAGAGGAAGUAGAACUGCUCUGGCUGUUUCAUUACAAAGUAAAAAAUAAUUUCAA